AUGGCGAACCUCAAGAAAUUUGUGGUCAAUACAACGGAAUUUUUGAAAAAAUUAGAUAUAGUUGCUGUAUCGGAAACUUGGUUGUCCAAAUGUACUAGCUCUAAAACUGUCAAUAUACCUGGCUUCAGCUUUUGUAGAAAUGAUAGGCCAUCCCGUGGUGGAGGUGUCGGUAUUUAUAUUAGCAGCAACAUCAAUCAUAUGGCUUUAUACAAAUUAUCGAAAAUCCUACUAGAAUUACUGAGACAAGUAGCACUCUCCUGGAUCCCAUAUUUCUGUCUGAUGUUGAGGUUUGCGGUGAAAAGAGUACCAUCAACGCUGAUACCAUUAGUGACCAUCAAAUGGUUUUCUGUGACCUACUUUGUAGUUUCCAUAAAGAGCAUAAGUUACGUAUUGGCAGAUGCGAUGAUGUCACUGAAUUGGGUUCCAAAGACACCUCCCCAUGGUCAAAUGACUGUGUGUUUGGCGUAUACCCUGCUGUUUAGAGUGAGAUAGAGUUGUCAUACAUUUCUAACAGCACAGGAUCUUUCCCUUACAACUCGUGCGACUCACCUCCUUCGCCUACACCAUAUGUCAUGGCAGGUGCUUUAUAUUUUAAUAAUUAAGUGUGAAUCGAAUCAUUGAUCAGUAAUUAUCAAAUCACUGAGUGAUUUGUUAAAACAGCGUACAUACCAGAUAAUUACGGCACACAAACCGUGUAAUUUCUCCACAUUUGGGAAAGAAAUUGAACCGUCUGCGACACCUUAUCCAUUCCGGCAUCAAAUUGACAUGGAAUUCGGAAUCUAUGCACCCGAUUUGCCCAGGAUACGAGUUUUCACUUUUGUGUAAAAUUCUAGCAUUAGUGCUGCGGGCGCCCAUGUUUAUAUUACAAAUAGAUAUAGUGCCUCUACCAAACAACAUCUAACACGCUAUCCAGCAUCAGGUCAACCAAUAAUACUUUCUCUUUCAUCUCUAUAUCGUGUAAUUCAUUAUAGUUCUUUAUUUAGUUUUACUAUUCAUAGACAUACAAUCAGACAUACAAUGGACUAAUUUGUAUCUAAAUUUAGUGAUAACUCUUAGUAUAGAGAUGGUUGGCUGUAAGAAUAGCAUUGCUCAACUCCUCCAAUAAUGCCAAUACAAAUGUACACAAUUUACCCAGAUAAUAAAGCAUCAGAGUCUAUCUAUUUUAUAACAUAUGUGUUUUACCCUUUCAUCAACAUUUGUAUGUUCAUUUUAAUAACUAAUUGUCUUUUAAAAGCCCAAUGGUUAUAAUUUUGGUAUUUUUGUCCAAAAUUCACUAAUUUUUGAAUAUUUAAUUCAAUAUUUUUUUAUAUAAUCGUAACAUUGUCUACUUCAAAUCUGUGAUAAAACACGCUAAGAUACAACACAGAAUACAAAAGAUGAAGCGACAACUCUCUCUUUCUCUCUCUCUCUCUCUCAUUAUCAUGUGUAUUGAUUUGUUUCACCUUUUUUUUUUAAUUUAAGCGCAGUGAAGCGCCAAUUCUAGUUUCAAAUAUGUUUUGCAUCUUAGUAACACGCUGAAGAAAGUUCAAAAUACAUAUGUUCCAAAAUAUUCAAAUGCAAAAGUUGCAUAGUUGAAACAGUAACGUGUAAAAAUCGAACUCUGAGAAAAUUGAGUGCAAAAUUCUGGAUUUUGUCGAACUAAAUAAAUAGUAUUUUUUAUAUACUAUUUUUUUUUAUUUUUUGUGUUAUAUUCUGUAAAUAGUUUUCUCCAUUUUUGUAUAUAAACCUUGAUUUUAUUUAAUGCAAUUAAGGCAUAAAGCGGAAGUGUCUAUCAUGUGGAAGUUUUAAGAUUUGUCAAAAUUGAAGUCAUUACAUUACACUAUAUAAUAAGAUUGUUAAACUUCUGUAAUACAGCACUAUGUUGCCUACUCAAAAUUGUGAAAAUAAAUUUAAUGCAAUUAUAGCUAAUCAAAUAAAUCGCCGCUAGUUUAAAAUAAAGAUAAGUUUCCUUAACCAUCAGUCUAAAUGUAAAAAUGCGUGUACAAGUUUGCUAUUUAAAAAGGAACGCGCGCAUAAAACAUGGAAUUUUGGAGACUGAACAAGUGUCCAAUUGAUUUGCCAGACUGUUUUUAGGUCACUAUACAAAUGUUUUGAAGCUGGCGAAAAUGUAAAAAUAAUGAAGAUAGUGUAAAUGGGCAUACAAUAGAGAAUAUACAUAAGCAGAUCUUCCACAGACUAGAUACGAUCCCAUUUUGAAAAAAAUUGAAAAUUUUGUGCCUUACAAUUUUGACUGAGCAUAAAAAAAAUUAAGAUUUUGGUAUUUAUAUAGGGUAGUUAACUUGCCAGAAUAAUAAAUAGAUGCUUGCAUUUGCAAUUCUAGUGAUACUCAUAAGCACUAUGUCCUUUUGACUGAAUUAGAAUGUCAAUUUAUGUAAUUUUUAAUGUUUCACAAAAUGGGGUCCUCAAUAUUAGAAUCUCUGAAACUACGUGUAAAAAUAUAUAUUAACAAUGUCCUUUACUGACUUUGAUAUUUUAAAUUUUUUUCCAAAAUUCUGACAAUUUCAUAAAAUUUGUCUUUGAUGAAUGUUUCAUCUCUUAUAGUUUCUGGGGUUCGGGCCCCACUGUAUAGAAGUAGAUGUAACAUGAUGAAUAAGACUUUUUUCGAAAACCUUACAUCUGCUUUGUGAUGUCUUUUGGAUCAGCUCUGGAAAAUGGCAGCUGCUUUUUUUAUCGAAUUUAGAAAAAUUGCAGCUGCUAGCUUUAUAUUUGGACUAAAAGGCGUUGAGUUAUAUUUUUCAAUAAUGAUGCUAAAGUAAUAUACAUAAGCAAAUGCGAAUUUCAAUCAGAACUUCACAAAACCUACUAUUACAAAAUUUUACCUUCCAACACCAUCAAAAAACGCAUUUUGAGUAUGUUACCUACAAAAUAAUGGCAGUAUUUUUCUAAAUUUGAAGUCUACUCGGAAUCGACUCAUUUUGGUGCUCAACUAUAUAUAGCUUUCUGUCUAUUAAAUUUUGAGAUAUCCUGUAUUUUUGAAAAGGGUAAAAAAUAACUGUCGUUUUGUAUGAUCAACAAGUGCAAUAUUUGGAUUAUCAAAGUUGUGAGAUUUUCUGUAUCAAAGACUGACUGUGAUAAAAUUAUGACAUUUUUGAAUGAGUUUUGAUUGAAAUUGUGCAUCAAUGCCAGCUACAGAUAAAUUUUUAUACUUUUUGAGAAUACAUAUUCUCAGAUAGACAAGGAAAAUACUCUGCAUACAUACAUAUGUAUAAUAAACAUAGUUUAGUACAAACCAUGAAAAUUGAAAAAUUUUCAUGGUGACACAUUUUCACAUUGUUUAUAUGUGAACCUGAACACAUGUGGCUGGAUGUUUUUCUAAGUAAGAUGUAGUCAAUAGAACAUUUAAAUUUAUAUCAAGUUGUACCUAUAAUAAUUAUGUAUUGUCAUGUUCCUCUUUUCAUAAAACUUCAAAUAUAUGUAUUAUAUUUAAAA